AUGGUUGGAGAAACAGAGGAAAUGGUUCACGUGGUAGAGGGUUUAGGGGGCAGGAGGGGACGAUGUGAAGCUUGGUUUGAGUGCCAGUCAGCGUCUGGGCGCCUUGCACGGCCCACAGCCCACUUCAGUUGGGGUCUCGAGUUCGGCGCCCCUCCGACCCGGGGCCACCGGGGUUGGGGCCAAGUCAAAUCACAUCUGUCACAUCACUUUAUUGGCCGGUCUUGUGGGGCAUGUUUGGCUCGAGGGUGGACACAGUCGAUGCGGUCCAUGCUACAGCCGGUACAGACGGCAGGGAUCGCGUCCGGUAGGGAUUUGUCCAAAAGGAACGGCAGGUUCACGUUAAUGAGAGCAGGAGAAGAGCCGUCCACCCGAAGUCAUGAUUAUGCCAGCGCCAAAGAGGUGGGGAGAGUGGGAAUUGGGGACUUCUGGCUGGUGGUGAGGAGGCAAUGA